UGAAUGCAAAACCUCAACCACUAAAGUAUCACCUUAUUUCACUCAUUCAAUGCACUCCUUAAUCCUCACACACCAUACCUUAAUAAAUGCAGCCAGUAACACAACACCCUCAAUUCACUACAUUACAAACACCACAUUUUUUAGUAAUUAUUACUCCAAAAAAAAAAGUAAAAAUGGGGAUGAAAUUUGAAGGUAUAAUUUGGGGUAUUAUUUUGUUAUUUUCCCUUUUUGUAGUAUUGAGCAAUGCUCAAGGGUUAGUUCCUGCUAUCUUUACAUUUGGUGAUUCUUCAGUUGAUGUGGGUAACAAUGAUUAUAUUGCCACAAUUUUCAAGGCUGAUUAUCCUCCUUAUGGUAGAGAUUUUAUCAAUCAUAAGCCUACUGGCAGGUUUUGUAAUGGCAAAUUAGCAACUGAUAUUACUGCUGAUACUCUGGGCUUCACAACUUACCCAGCAGCAUAUUUAAGUCCACAAGCAUCAGGAAAGAACCUUCUUAUUGGUGCUAAUUUUGCGUCGGCUGGUUCAGGUUAUGAUGACAAAACAGCACUUCUCAGUAAAGCAAUUUCAUUGUCACAACAGCUAGAAUUUUACAAAGAGUACCAAGGAAAGCUGGCAAAGGUAGCAGGCAGUAGCAAAGCAAAGUCAAUCAUAAAAGAUGGUCUCUAUCUAGUUUCUUUUGGAAGUAGUGAUUGGAUUCAAAAUUAUUAUGUCAACCCUUGGGUCAACAAAUUAUACUCCCCUGAUGAAUAUGCUUCCUACCUUGUUGGCAUUUUCUCAAGUUUCAUUCAGGAAUUGUAUGGAUUAGGAGCAAGGAAAAUUGGUGUAACUUCACUUCCUCCAAUAGGUUGUGUACCAGCAACCAUAACCCUCUUUGGGUUCCAUCAGGAAGGUUGUGUGUCAAAUUUCAACUCGGACGCACAAAAUUUCAAUAAGAAGCUCACCUCAACAGCUUCUAAACUAUCUAAGCAGCAUUCUGAUCUUAAUCUUGUUGUUUUCGACAUUUAUCAGCCCUUUUACGAUUUAAUUCAAAAUCCUUCCAAGUCUGGAUUUGCGGAGGCUAGAAGAGGAUGCUGUGGAACAGGACUAGUUGAGACAACAUCUUUUCUUUGUAAUCCAAAGUCGAUUGGAACGUGCAGAAAUGCUAGCCAGUACGUGUUUUGGGAUAGUGUACAUCCUUCUGAAGCGGCUAAUCAGGUUCUCGCGGAUACCCUCAUUACCCAAGGCAUCGCCCUCAUCGGUUAAAUGUGUUGUUUUACCCGUCUUCGUUGUUACCACAAUGCUUAUAAGUAUUUUAUCUUGUUUUGUCCCAUAGGAAAGGUUAUUCUUGAACUGUGUUAGACUUGUCUUGUUCUAUGGACAAGAUCAGAGUGUAAUACAAUAUACUCCUAUAAAACUUAUUAUAUCGUUGCAGUCGAUAUAUGAAGUAUUAAAAUAUGUCGUUUUCUUCUCCUCCACAAA